AUGUCGACCUGUGCUAAUUGCUUUAAGACGAUUUCAGAUCGCGAAUCUACGAAGCCCCAGUGCGAUGGGUGUACAUUUUUCAUGCAUUUGAACUGUACUGAUUUUAAAGCCGAUGAUCGUGUCACUCGCCAAAAACUUCGAUGUAUUAAAAUAGUUUGUAACCGUUGCUCCUCAAUCGUAGAUCAGUUUGGUGAAAUUAAGGAUAUCCUAGAGACAUUUAAAAUAAAUAUUGAUAAAAAGGUUGAUUCUUUUGAUGAAAAACUUAAAAGUAUACAAAAUAAUAUCGAGUCAUUCAAUAAUCAGCUAUCAGAAUUUAAGGACCAAGUUAAAAAUUCUGAAUCACUUCGUUCUCCUGAAUUUAUUGAAACUGUUACUGCAGAAGCAGUUGAUAGAAUGCGCCGUGCCAAGAAUAUUCUAAUUCGCGGGAUCGCAGAGGCCCAAGGAGACAGCGCUGUGAAGAAAGAACACGAUAAAGAAGAACUCGAUUUGGUACUGAGCUCGGAUAUCGCUGUGCCAAGAUGCUUGAAACAAGACUACAACCAUCCAACUACAAAAGCAUUACAAAUUCUAGUAGUCAGCAAAUUGAAAACAAGAAGCUCUUCAAUAUUUAGUUAUAAAUUGUUAAGUGUACAACUGUGGAAACCAAGAAGUCAAAGCCUAUAUCGUCAGGAACACGAGGAAGUCAAGGUGGUCAGUCUAGGUGAACGUUUUCACAAUCCCGAAACAUGCCCUGCUAAAGAAUGGGUCCACACGUCCAGAGUCUGCAGUAGUCGUCGACUCAAGAGGGUUGAAGCACAAGAAGAGUUUAGAGACAGAAGAAGAGGAUAA